GAACACUGUCCAGUUCUUCUCUUACAGUUGCUGCUGCUACUCCAUAGCAAGGGUGAAAAUGCCUUGGGGCUAUUUUGGUUCACAUCUCUUAUUUCUGUUAUCUUUCAGUCCCCUCCUGUUCUUUGACUAUACUAUAGCUACGGAGACUGAAACAGAUCUACCAUUGAUUCCCACAGAUAAACUUAUAGUUUUAACUGUAGCAACACAAGAAACAGAUGGAUUUCAUCGAUUCAUGCAAUCUGCAAAAUACUUCAACUAUAAUGUGAAGGUCCUUGGCAAUGGAAUAGAGUGGAAAGGCGGAGAUGUUGCUAACACAAUUGGUGGUGGUCAGAAAGUCCGGCUGCUUAAAGAAGCUUUGGAAAGUUAUGAUGACCACGAAGACCUUGUUGUUCUGUUUACAGACAGCUAUGAUGUCAUUUUUUCUGGUGGUCCAGAAGAGCUUCUCAAAAAAUUCCAACAAACAAACCACAAAGUUGUUUUUGCUGCAGAAGGAUUAGUAUGGCCAGAUAAGAGGUUAGCUGACAAAUACCCAGUUGUACGGAGUGGAAAACGCUUUCUCAAUUCAGGAGGUUUUAUUGGCUACACAUCACAUGUUAAUAAAAUUGCACAACAGUGGGACUUGCAAGAUAAUGAUGAUGAUCAACUUUUUUAUACCAAAGUCUACAUUAACCCCCUUCAAAGAGAACGUAUCAAUAUUACUUUGGAUCACAAAUCAAAUAUAUUCCAAAACCUAAAUGGAGCUGUUGAUGAAGUUGUAUUAACAUUUGAUAAUGGAAAAGCAAGAGUUAAAAAUUCUCAAUAUGAUACUUUACCACUCUUAAUACAUGGAAAUGGACCAACAAAGGUUCAGCUGAACUACUUUGGAAAUUACAUACCCAAUGUCUGGACUCCUGAAACUGGAUGUGGAACAUGUGACCUGAACAUGAUAGAUUUGUCUGCAGUAAAUGACUACCCAAAGGUUACAGUUGGGAUAUUUAUUGAACAGCCCACUCCAUUCCUGUCUGAAUUAUUCAGCAAAUUAAUGUCUUUGGAAUACCCUAAAGAAAAAAUGGAUAUCUUUAUUCACAACGCCGAAGUUUAUCACGAAAAACACAUUCAGAAGUUUUGGGAAGAAGCCAAGGGUGUCUAUAGGAAAUUAAAGGUUGUUGGGCCAGAGGAAAUGCUAAGUCAAGCAGAAGCAAGGAAUAUGGGAAUGGACAUAUGCCGCCAGGAUAAAGACUGCAGCUAUUACUUUAACCUAGAUGCCGAUGUUGCUUUAACAAACCCAAAAACUUUAAAAAUUUUAAUUGAACAAAACAGAAAGAUAAUUGCUCCUCUUGUAACUCGACAUGGAAAAUUAUGGUCAAACUUUUGGGGUUCCCUAAGUGCAGAUGGAUACUAUGCAAGAUCUGAAGAUUAUAUAGAUAUUGUACAAAGCAACAAAGUUGGUCUAUGGAAUGUCCCAUACAUGGCCAAUGUGUAUUUGAUUAAAGGAGAAACUCUUCGGUCAGAAUUAAAGGAGAAAAACCAUUUCAUUUUGGAUAGACUGGAUCCAGAUAUGGCUCUCUGUAGAAAUGCAAGGGAAAUGAGUUUACAAAGAGAAAAAGACUCCCCAUCUUCGGAAACUUUCCAUAUGUUCAGACCCCCAAAGGGUGUUUUCAUGUAUAUUACAAACAGACAUGAAUUUGGAAGACUUCUGUCUAUGGCCAAUUAUAAUACUACUCACUACAACAAUGACCUGUGGCAAAUAUUUGAGAAUCCAGUGGACUGGAAAGAAAAGUACUUAAAUGUAAAUUAUUCUAGGAUAUUCACUGAAAACUUUUUUGAGCAACCCUGCCCAGAUGUCUUUUGGUUUCCAGUAUUUUCUGAAAAGGCAUGUGAUGAACUUGUAGAAGAAAUGGAAAACUAUGGAGAGUGGUCUGGUUCAAGAAAUUUAGAUAAGCGAAUUGCUGGAGGAUAUGAAAAUGUGCCAACUGAUGAUAUCCACAUGAAACAGAUUGGAAUGGAAUUAGAAUGGCUUCAUUUCAUCAGGGAAUAUAUUGCACCCGUCACACUAAAAGUCUUUGCUGGCUACUAUACAAAGGGACAUGCAAUGCUGAAUUUUGUAGUGAAAUACACUCCUGAACGGCAAUCAUACCUGAGACCCCACCAUGAUGCAUCAACUUUUACCAUUAAUAUUGCACUCAACAAAAAAGGUGUUGAUUUUCAGGGAGGUGGAUGUAAAUUUGCUAGAUACAACUGUUCCCUUGACUCUCCAAGAAAAGGCUGGAGUUUCAUGCACCCAGGGCGACUUACACACUUACACGAAGGACUUCCUGUUACCAACGGAACAAGAUAUAUUGCAGUUUCAUUUAUAGAUCCAUAAACUUUAAGUUUUAACAUUUUAAAUCUGAUUUCUGAGAAAAACCAAAGACCAUUUUUUUAUGAGCAAUGUUUAUUUAUAGAAAAAAACAACUUCCAAACGAUAGCUGCCACUGUUUUAUUCUCAAAACAGUAUACUGGCAAAAUGGAUAUUUAAAAAUAAUGAAGCAUAACUCUAAAAUAAACUUUUUAUAAAUAGUACCCCAAGUUUUUUUUAGGUCAAGAUUUCUAUAAUUAGAAUUUCCUAAAAUAGUUUUUGAAAGUCCUGUAAUCAUUAGAAGACUUGUUAACGAAAGUAAUUUAAUGGUGCUUUUCAACUGUCAAUUUCCAAGUUCACUUUACUUUUGACAAAUUAUUUAUAAAUAUUCCAAUAAAUCAGGUUGUAGAGA